ACAAACUGUAGAGCAUUCGAAACCGUAUAAUCCAACGGAUAUUUUCACCAGUUUCUCUCAAAUUACCGCAAUCUCACGUACAAGUUGACAUUGCAUAGAAAAUGCUGGCGAUUAUGGCAACUUCAUCCCGAAUAUAUCCAGUUCUAAUAAUUUUCAUGGGAACAACCUCGAUCAUUGGCAUAAAAACAACCGAAGCAAACGUCGUCGAACCCUUAUCAUCGCAACACUUCUCGCAAGAAUUACGCCAACUUCUAUCGCCUGAUAUCUUCAUUCAGACUGAUCCGUUUCAUUACCUGCUCGAAAAAGUAGUCAAAUUUUCAACUUUGGAGUUAUAUCCGAUCAUCGUCGAGGUAAACCGCGAUUUGAAUGCACGUGAGAAGGUACAAUUUCCCGCGGAUUACCUGCCAAACGCUCGACUUUUACGGACGCUUUUGAAAUUCAUCAUUCAUCUGCACGGUGUUCGAAGAGGAAUUUACCAAAUCCAAAAAGACAAAAAAAUCAAACCUGAUUUUCAAGAAUUAGAUGCUCGCACCCUGGAUCCUGAACUAUCUGCCUUAUUUUCAUCGGAUAUUUUAUCAGAUGCUUAUCCUCCGUUAGUGCUCGUUGAUAAAUUGCUGGUCUUACCGGAAACCAGCUUUGAAAGAAUAGUGAACAAGUUGAUCGAUUGUUUAAGAAAUAAUCGCGUAAUCGGAGAUCACUAUUACUCUUAUACCGCUUCUCUGAGAGAAUUCCUACGAAAUUUUGCACCGUCGACAACUCUGAUAGAUAUGCAACGUUACAUCGCUGAAAUGCAAGUGCCCUAACUGUCAAGUCCACCUGCAGUCAGUGGUCAGUCAGAAUGAAAAGUACUAAAGUAGUAGAUCUAAAACGCGAAAGAUGCAUAGCAUAAGUUUCAAAUAAGAAAAUUAAUACAAGUUGAGUCAAAAA